CUGAUCAUGGAUAAUGUUUCUGUUGUGAACAUUUUCAUUCUAUCAGGGUUAAACGAGACAAAUAAUUACAGACUAACUCUUUUCACAUUGACUUUAUUGUAUUACUGUGUGAUUUUGUUUCUCAAUAUCUCUCUCAUCCUGAUCAUCAUCUUGGAUGAAAACCUGCAUGAACCCAUGUACAUCUUAUUGUGCAGUUUCUGCAUUAAUGGACUUUAUGGGACCACAGGUUUCUUCCCUAAAUUCCUCUUAGAUCUGCUGACUUCUUCUCAACAAAUCUCAUAUGAAGGAUGCCUUUUGCAGGCUUUUGUCAUGUACUCGUUUGCUUGCUGUGAUUUAUCUAUUUUAGCAGUUAUGGCUUACGACAGAUAUCUGGCUAUAUGUCGACCACUGCACUACCACUCUGUCAUGUCAAAGAGGAGGCUCUCUCAGCUGAUAUGUUUCUCCUGGCUAACACCUUUCUGCGUUUUCUCCGUUAAUGUUCUGCUAACUUCCAGACUAAAGCUGUGUCGUUUCAAAAUACAGAGUCUCUUUUGUGUUAAUUGGAUGAUUGUUAAACUUGCUUGCGCCGAUGCUGACACCGUUUCAAACAACAUAGUUGCAUAUUUUGCAAUUUUCAUUUUUAUGUUUCAUGGGUUUUUCAUCAUUUGGACUUAUAUGCAUCUCAUAAGUACUUGUGUUAGGUCCAAAGAUGACAGGGUAAAGUUUAUGCAGACAUGUCUUCCUCAUUUGACCUCUUUAAUCGUUUUUGCAGUUGCAGUACUGUUUGAUUUGAUGUAUAUGCGAUUUGGUUCCACAGAUUUGCCUCAAAGCCUACAAAACUUCUUUGCUAUAGAAUUUUUGCUGAUACCUCCUUUGAUGAAUCCUGUAAUAUAUGGAUUUAAACUGACUAAAAUACGAAACAGAAUAAUUCUUGGUUUUGUGCAUGUUAAGAGAAAAUGA